GCCGGCGCUGUCUGCGUCUACGCCCUCAAGAUGGCUGCCUUCUGGCGUCUUCGGCGCUGUUGAAUGGCGAAAGCUUUAUUGUUCCCUUCGGGCAGGAGUGUUCGUGUCCUCUAUGGCGCUGUCAAUAAAGAACGGCAGUUUGAAUCGGUGCUGAACAGGACUGAUCCUUACUAAGAGGACUCUGAAAGGAGAGAGAAAGAAGAGUCCAGGGGCACAGCCACCACCAUGGAGCUCCCUAACUACAGCCGGCAGCUGCUGCAGCAGCUGUACACACUGUGCAAGGAGCAGCAGUUCUGUGAUUGCACCAUCUCCAUCGGCACCAUCUACUUCAGGGCUCAUAAGCUUGUGCUGGCCGCAGCCAGCCUCCUGUUCAAAACCCUCCUGGAUAAUACAGACACCAUCUCCAUAGAUGCCUCUGUGGUGAGCCCAGAGGAGUUUGCCCUCUUGCUAGAAAUGUUGUAUACUGGCAAGCUACCUGUGGGCAAGCACAACUUUUCCAAAAUCAUCUCAUUAGCAGACAGCCUGCAGAUGUUUGAUGUGGCUGUUAGCUGUAAAAAUCUCCUGACCAGCCUUGUAAACUGCUCUGUCCAGGGUCAGGUAGUAAGAGACAUCUCGGUGCUGUCCCCAGAGUCGUGUGGUAAGGAAUCUGAAAAGCCUCAAGAAGUCCUUUCCUCUGAGAGUGCUGGGGAGCCCUCUUGUACUCUGGAGGUUUCUGAGAAAGCUGACACACAGGGAGCAAUCUGCAUGGUUACCCAGGAGAUGAGUGUAGACCCUCCCACUGCUUCAGGAAGCCAGGGGCCCACAGAGAGCCCAGGCAAGACACCUCACAUAGCAGAAGUUCGUUCCCCCUCUCCUGUUGGACAAACACUUCCUGAGGCAAAGGAGGCAAGCACAGAACCAGAGCUUGAGAGGAAGACAUACCAGCUGAAUUUUCUCCUUGAAAAUGAGAGUGUCUUCGCAAAUGCACUCUUAGUUACCCAAGACUUAUUAAAAAGACUGGAAGAAUGCUCAGAAAUUCAGGGUCCACAGAAGGAGACCAUAAUGGAAUGUCUCAAGGAUGAAGGAGGACUUUCGGUGUUCCAGAGACUCCUGGCUAAAGUACGAGAUGAGAGCCUGGAUAUGCAGGCUGCUGUGUCAUUGCUGAGGCUGUGCCAGGAUUCCAUGCCUGCAGUAAAAGCUGCUCUGCCUGCCCAAGAGCCAGAAGACAUGGUGCUGGUGCAGCCAGAAGGGAGCACAGGGGAGGGAAAGACCUUGUCUGUUCUGUUACUGGAACACAAAGAGGACCUGAUACAUUGUGUAACACAGCUGAGACCUAUUGUGGAGUUCCUGGAAACAGCCAAGGAGGAAUUCCUGCCUGGUCCUGAGAAAAGGGUGAUUCUGAAUUGCUGUGAGGGCGGAACACCCCAGGAGACAGUGGAGAAUUUGUUGCAGAGAAUAACUGAAGAGAAGACCCUGACUGCUGAGAGCUUGGUAAAACUCCUCCAGGCUGUGAAGGCGACGUUCCCAAACUUGAGCCUUCUGCUAGAGAAUUUGCAAAAAUUAGCCAUUUCGCCCAGAACCACAGUCCAUCCAAGCCCUGAUGAUUAUGGUGCUGAGCUAUUGAAACAGUAUCAUGAAAACCUCGCUGAGAUUUUCACAGACAACCAGGUGUUACUAAAGGUGAUCUCAAAUGUGAAGAGCCUAGCUCCUGAAGAGAGAGAGGUCAUGGAGACAAUCGUGAAACGGGAUUCUGGCUCAAGUGGCUUUAGUUCCUUGUUGUCAGCCGCUUUGGAAAGACAGACUUUGUCUGCAACAGCCAUUUGGCAACUGCUGCUAGCGGCUCAGGAGACGAAGACCUGCCCAUUGAACCUGCUCCUUGAAGAGAUAGGAAGGGAGCCUGCUGCCAGGGCUUUCUUCCGAGCAGUGACCUCCCCAGAAAGUGCUGUCUUGGAAAUAAUCCUGAGGCAUAGCAAGUUGAUCACAGAGGUCAUCCAGCAGAAGUUCGAGCUCAAGCACUUUUCCUCAGAGGAAGAGCACCUGGCUGAGACCAUGAAAGAGAUGCUGAGCAUUUCCUUGGAGACAGCCAGCCCUGAAGCUUCCCUCAGAGCAGUGCUGAGCAGAGCCAGGGAGAAGUCAGUCUCAGCUGUUGCACUCUGUCGCCUCCUGUGCACUGUCCACAGUUCAUUCCCCCGCUUGCAACCCAUCAUGCAGGAGCUGGCAUACACUGGUUUCCUGACAAAGGAAAACGGAGAGACAGAAAGGUGGAAGGUGAGUGAUAGAUUUCGCCUUGAAGCCAAGGACAAAGAAAAGGAAAAGGCAGCUGAGGCUGCUGGAGGAGAGUGCCAGCCUGCAGAACAAAAGGACCAGGGAGAGCCUGGGUCUCUGCCAGAGCAAGAGGAAAAAGACACUUGUGCCUCCGCAGACUCUGCCAAGAAGAGUUUCGUCUGUAAAGCCUGUGACAAGAGCUUCCAUUUCUACUGCCGUCUCAAGGUGCACGUGAAGCGCUGCCGGGUGGCCAAGAGCAAGCAGGUGCAGUGUAAGGAUUGCAGUGAGACCAAGGACUCCAAGAAGGAGCUAGAGAAGCAUCAGCUAGAGGCCCACAGCGCAGGCAGAGAGCCCGACGCCCCCAAGAAGAAGAAGAAGAGGCUCCCGGUGACAUGUGACCUCUGCGGAAGAGAGUUUGCCCAUGCCUCAGGAAUGCAGUACCACAAGCUGACUGAACACUUUGAUGAGAAGCCUUUCUCCUGUGAGGAAUGUGGAGCAAAAUUUGCGGCCAACUCCACCCUUAAGAAUCACCUCCGCCUUCACACUGGCGACCGCCCGUUUAUGUGCAAGCACUGCCUCAUGACCUUCACGCAGGCCUCCGCCCUGGCCUAUCACACCAAGAAGAAGCACUCAGAAGGGAAAAUGUAUGCAUGUCAGUACUGUGAUGCUGUGUUCGCCCAGUCCAUUGAGCUGUCCCGCCAUGUGAGGACCCACACUGGGGACAAGCCAUAUGUCUGCAGGGACUGUGGCAAAGGCUUCCGGCAAGCUAAUGGCCUCUCCAUCCACCUGCAUACCUUUCACAACAUAGAAGAUCCUUAUGACUGCAAGAAAUGCAGGAUGAGUUUCCCCACUCUGCAGGAUCACCGGAAGCACAUCCAUGAAGUGCACUCCAAGGAGUACCACCCCUGCCCCACAUGUGGGAAGAUCUUCAGCGCCCCGUCCAUGCUGGAGCGGCACAUGGUUACCCACGUUGGAGGGAAGCCCUUUAGCUGUGGGAUCUGCAACAAGGCCUACCAGCAAUUAUCUGGCUUAUGGUACCACAAUCGAACUCACCACCCAGAUGUGUUUGCUGCACAGAACCAUCGGUCAUCCAAGUUCUCAUCACUGCAGUGCAGCUCCUGUGACAAAACUUUUUCUAGCUCUAUGGAACAUAAGAAGCACAUGAAAAUGGAGCAUGCAGAUCUGAAGUUCCAUGAAUGUGACCAGUGUAAGGAGCUCUUCCCCACACCAGCCCUGCUACAAGUUCAUGUCAAGUGCCAGCAUUCAGGGAUGCAGCCAUUCCGGUGCCUGUACUGUGCAGCCACUUUUCGCUUCCCUGGAGCGUUGCAGCACCAUGUCACCACGGAGCACUUCAAGCAGUCGGAGAGCACCUUCCCCUGUGAGCUCUGUGGGGAGCUCUUCACAUCCCAGACUCAGCUUGAAGGCCAUUUGGAAUCUGAGCACCCAAAGGUGACAGGCACUGAGACCCAGGCAGCCACCUCUCAGAUGGUGCAGGUGAUCCAAACUCCGGAGUCAGCGGCCACAGCUGAGCAAGUGAUCACUUUAGAGGAGACACAACUUGCUGGCUCCCAGGUGUUUGUGGCAUUGCCAGAUUCUCAGACCUCUCAGACCAGCUCCGAGCUCGUGGCCGUGACUGUGGAGGAUUUGCUGGACGGUACUGUUACCCUGAUCUGUGGCGAGGCCAAGUGAGUGGCUGGUCCAGUCUGCCCUCCACCUGUCUUGCUCUCCUGAGUGGUGAGCUGCUUGGCUCAGCUUGACCCUGGAACUGUCAGUUGGAAAACAGCAGCACCACCAUUCUCUAUGGCAGGCAGACCCCCCCCCCCCCCCCAUAGGCAGCUAGCUAUCAGGCCUGGGACACCAUCCCAAUCAUAGGCAAAGUCUGGUUUCUGAAAAAGCAGUGGAUGCAAGCUGAAGACCAGGGCAGCUAGAGAAGCCUGACAUGCCAGCUGCCCUUGGUGCCUCUGCUGGUGCCUCUGGCCACUUAAAAAUGAGUGAGGAGAUGCCGAGCGUGGUGGCACAUGCCUUUAAUUCCAACACUUGGGAGACGCAGGUAGGAGGAUUGCCAUGGGUUCAAGGCCACCCUGAGACUGCAGAGUGAAUUCCUGGUCAGCCUGGGCUAAAAUGAGACCCUACCUCGAAGAAAGAAAAUGGGUGAGGAGCACCAGCACAGCCUCCAGGGACCCCAGCCAUGGCACACUUGGACUUCCUUCCCUCUGCUCAUGCCCCCUGUAGCCAGUGGCUGUGCCCUACACCAUGAGUGUGGCAGUAGGACAGGUAGCAGGUUAAGUGCUGAUGCAGGAAGCCCUCAUUGCCACGGUUGUUCCCACCUGCUCACCAGCCAGCCCUUCCCAGAGCACUCCUCACUCCUGUGCUAACCGAGGCUAAAACAUCUCCCUACCGCAGAGCCCUCUCCCUGGCUUCCUUGGAGCAUCUGAUGUCUCUAACCACACUGACGAGCCAACAUCCAGGCAGGCAGGCCUGUGUCUGUAUAGGAGGAGCAGUCACAGUAGCCCCUGCUAGUGUAGUCAGUGAUCUUUCCAAGUCUGCAUUACACAGAGCCUUUAUCUUUAGUUCCUAAAGGUAAUCUGGUAAUUAGUGGUUUGUGGGAUCUGUUUGGAAGUGCCCUUAGAUAGAUGUUGGUUCCUGCCAUGUACAAAGGAAGACUCAAAUUUAUCUCCCUCUCCUGAAAGCCCAAAGGUUGAGUGGUUGAGUAGUGUUCGCCCAUCAUUCGGGGCUGCCUGCUACUUGUGUGGCUUGACUUCCUGCAAAGGAGAGCACCCAGAUUUGGUCACUCUCCUCUAAGCCACCUGCUGUCAGAGAUAAGCUCGCCUCUUUCCAGCACAUCUCACUUGUAGUCAUGUGUAAAAAGAGGCAGGGGUCAAGUUUGUCAUGGAUGGAAGAAAUGUCAUUGCUCACAUAUGGUCAUGUUUCAACAGGAGCAGAAGGUAGAAACUUCACCCUGCCCAUGUGUCCAGAGCUGGCCUGUGAAAUUGGCUUGGUGCACACAGCACUUCGUGGGAUAGCUUCCCAAACCCAUCCUAGCCAGCCACCCCUCAUUUUAUAUGCAGAUAGUUUGAGCUUGUCAGCUGGAGAAAUCACAUGCUGAAGGAAGUAGGUGUGUGGUUUUUUUUUUGUUUUUUUUUAAGUAAGUCAGCCUUAGAAGCCAAACACUGACCAGAAGAUGGUGCUCAAACCUUAAGACUUCACCUCCCUGGCUGGGAAAACAUGCUGUUUCUACUGCUGCUGCCCAGGCUCCCAGCUCUUCAGACCUAUGCUCGCAGGCCAGGAGAGUUCUUGAUCUGCAAGCAGCAGCACGGCACUGACUUUCCCCUUGGCACUAGGCAAAGUCCACUGAAGACAGUGGAUGGCACAGGCUUCCAUGCCAGCCCAGCACCUCACAAGCCAUGGGGUGGAGAUGGGAACUGCUGUAUCACCAAAACUUCCUGCCAAAAGGCAAAAUUAAAAAACUCUACACACGUGUGUGUCGACCCCCCCCCCCACCACCACCACCAAGGGACUAAGGGAAAAUGAAUUUUUUUGCAGUCUUCUAAAUAAAAAAGAGUUGUAAA